AUGGCGGAUCCUUUGUCGACGGCAGGCAGCGUUGUCGGGAUCAUUUCCCUCGGCAUCCAGGUCGUGCAGUCAAUCUACAAGUACUACAGUGCCGCGAAAGACCAGCAUUCUGACAUUGGUCGCACCCUGCGGAAACUCGAAGAUUUGCAAUCCUUGUUCGAAAGAUUGAACACGCAUCUCAGCGAUCGGAAAUUUCGAUCCAGUGAGGCGGCUCUGCUUCAAAACAUUGAGUCCACGAUUCAACACUGCGAGGAGUCCAUCGACGAGUUGGAACAAGAAGCGAGGAAGUUUGAGAAGAAACCGACCGACGGUGCUCGAGCUGCAAUUAAAGGUGCCGUUCGUCGGUUGGCAUACCCGUUUAGGGAGAGCACUCUCCUGAAGCUGCACGAAGACAUUGACUAUCUCAUCAGUCAACUGUCUCUAGCCUUAUCGCUACUGCAGCAGCAGACCAUCGAUCUCGUACAAGAUGAAAUCGAGAAUACCAAUGCCAUACUCAACUUAAUCCGAACCUCACAAGUCUCCUCCGAGAUCCGAACUUGGCUCAAUGCUCCUGACGCGACCUUCAACUUUACUGAAGCAUGUUCGAAGAAACACCCAGGAACUGGUGCUUGGUUCGUCAACGGGCCUGAAUUCACUCGCUGGUUGGAGGGGUCAAAUUCGUUUCUUUGGCUGAAGGGCUUUGCCGGCUGCGGAAAGACUGUUCUGAGUUCGACGGUCAUACAGCACACCCUCCGUCACCGUAGAUCAAACCCCUCCAUCGGGCUCUGUUUCUUCUUCUUUUCAUUUAAUGAUGAAUCCAAACAAGAUGCAUCAGCUAUGCUCCGAGCGCUCAUUUUGCAGCUAUCUGACCAACUUGACUAUGUUCCAUCCGCACUGCAAAGAAUACACGAUUUGAGGAAGAAACACAACAUUCCACCGUCCACGGCAGAUCUACUUCAAUGUUUCCGUCAGGUCUUACAGCUUUUCCAAAACGUCUACGUUAUUUUGGAUGCACUAGACGAGAGCCCUCGGGAAACUAGUCGAUUCGGUCUCUUGGAAACAUUGAAAGAGAUUCGGGAUUGGUCAGAGCUGGGAGUACAUCUUUUGGUGACCAGCCGAGAUGAAGUAGAUAUUCGCGAAGGAAUAGAUAUCGAAGAUCAAGCGACCAUCUUGAUGAAGCACCAAGGGAUAGAUGAUGAUAUUGCGAGCUAUGUCUCGCAAUUUCUCCAACAGCGUCUUAAGCGUUUGAACGAGCACCAUUCCCUGAUUGAAAAGGUCUUGACCGAGAAGGCACAGGGCGUUUUUCGUUGGGUUGAAUGUCAGUUCAAAGCACUUGCGACGUGCCCAAGGAGCAAGCAGGCUCUCGAUCGACGACUUCAAUCAUUACCUCCAACGUUGGAUGAGACCUACAAAAGAAUGCUGGAGAAUGUUCCCGACAAAGACUACGCCAAGCAGAUGCUGACGAUUCUCUGUUGCGCAUCAAAACCGUUGACUGUGCAGGAGCUAAUCAACGCUUUGGCAAUCGAAAUCGGUGCCACGUCCUUCUUGAACCCAGAUCGGCAAUUGCCAGAUGCAGACUCUCUUCUCGAAAUCUGCCCGGGUUUCACAGAAGUAGCCAUAAAACCUUACACGAGACUGGCUGUCAUUCGAAUUGCCCACUUCUCUGUACAGGAAUAUCUCGAGUCUGAUCGAAUUCUCCUACCGCAAGGAUAUGAUUCUUUCAGUAUACGCGAGCGCUGUGGAAAUCUGCUGAUGGCGUCAAUGUGUCUCACUUUGCUGCUAGAAUCUGAAUUACAGAUGUUCGGACGUGUAGAGACUGUGGAAAAGUAUCCUUUUGCGGAAUAUGCUGCCAAGGAGUGGGUGAACCACUGGAGGAAGGGCAUUGGGAUUUGCGCCGCAUUAUACGAUAACCACAGCCACUGCAACCUUGAAGUAUCCCACGAUAGUCUCGCUCUACGGCUCCAAGAUCAGAUGCUACUACUUUUCAGAGACAAGAAAGGGGCAAUGAAGAAUUGGUAUAAACUAUGGGACCUUGAUUGUGGCUGGUUUGGGAGGAACGACGAGAUGCCAUCUCCACUUUACUAUGCAUCCCUUAUCGGUGCUCGCUUCCUGGUAGAACGCCUCUACGAGGACUGUAGAACACAAUGCAGCCUCAAACAUCCAACAGAAAGAUGCAUCGAUCAUAUGGGAGGAAAAAAUGGAAGCCAUGCUACACCAUUACAAGCAGCGGCAGCUUUCGGUCAUCGAGACGUGGUAGAAUUCUUCCUUGACAAAGGAGCGGACCCAAACAAGGUUGCGCAGACGCCUACGGCAUCUCGCACUCCUUUGAUGACGGCUUCGGCUCGUGGUCAGACAGAAAUCAUGGAGUUACUGCUCAAGCGUGGUGCGGAGGUCAAUGCCGUUUGGUCCUCCGUGUCGUCAAGGAAACCCUUUGGUGGCGGACGACAGCAGUUGGGUUUUAUUCAUGAAUUUCUCACUGCAUUAGUAGAGGCAUCAAGGUUUGGUCACAAAGAAGCCGUGAAGUUAUUACUGCAACACGGAGCAGUUGAUGAUGUUCACUUCGGAUUCUUUUGUGCCUUGACGGCAACGAUGCGCCCUUUGUCCGCAACCUCUGGGUCCUCAAAGUAUGCUGCGUGUAGAGAACUCCUUUUCAAAAGUUUUGAUGGCUUCAAGGGCACUAAGAGUCCUGGAAUUUUGAAGAUCUAUAUGGAUGUAGCGGCGGUAACCGGAAACGCAGACUUUGUCCGAAAGUACCUGGACAAAUGGAUCCUUUAUGGAAAGCCUGGCUUUUCGUCCGGAAAAUUACUUCAGUUAGCGUCAGCCGGUGGGCAUCGAAAUGUUGUUGAUCAACUCCUUCAGUCGAAGGCUAGGAUGACCGGCUCUGCUCGAGUCCGCCAGAUAUCGUCAUUCAGAGACGCGAUUGGACCGGCACUUCAAGAAGCAUCAGGAAAUGGACAUCUUGAAACCGUUAAGCUUCUCCUAGGCUUUGGAACUGAUGUAAGUUUUCCUCUAUGUGGCGUCGACUUUCGAUCCGCACUGCAGAGAGCAGCAGCCGAAGGACACGAAGAGAUAGUGCAGCUUCUUCUUAACAACGGCGCCACUCCCAACUCUUCGGACGAGACUCACAUGCCAGCACUCUAUGCAGCAUCACUGUUGGGUAGUGAGAAGAUUGUUCAGCUUCUUCUGGACGCAGGGGCGGAUAUCAACGCUCGGUUUCAGGGGGGAAUAUUCGAAUCUGCAUUAGCUGCAGCGUGCAACAGUGGUAAAAUCGGAGUGGUGGAGAUGUUGAUGGCUCGAAGCGUGUCUUGCCUGACAGGAAGCGUUGUGGCUACAACAAUACGGGCUGACACGGAGGGGUCUGCGGAUGAUCAUUGGGAUCUUUGGGACCAAAUACUUUCUCACUUCAUCAAGACUGGAGUUCGGAAGUCGCUCUCACUUUUAAAGAAAGGAAAUUCCAAGAAACUGGAAACCUGGCUUCGAACAGAAAUUUCGGACUUCGAACUAAAGGCCCUGGAUCCUCUCUCCGCAGCGUCAUUCGGAGGCCAUGUGGAUAUUGUUCGGAAAUUCCUCAAAAGUUUGAAUGAGAAAAGUAUCGAGAACCGAGUUCCAAGACUACGAACAGCACUUUCAGCGGCGGCAGCAGGCAGCCACCUUGAAGUUGUCAAGUUAAUUCUCGACUUUGAUCGUGCGAUACCCUUACGAGAACUCGAUUUGAAGAGAGCAAGGUAUUUAGCAUCACUGAUGAAGAAACCUUAUCUUGUGGACUGCCCUCACAUGAUGGAAGACCAUGGCAUUGUACAGGUCUUACAAGAAAAACUCGAGAGCUCACUCCAAGAUGACAUUCUUGAAUUGACUCAGCUCUUCGCACAAGACGGCGAUUGCUGA